CUUAUGUGUACAUGCACAUGUAUGUAUGCAUAUCUAUCUUUUUCCAUCUUUAAUAAGUCUCUCUCUAGCUAGGGUUUCCAUUUCCUUCCAACUCUCUCUUUCACCCUUUUGGGCUAACGCUUGCGUACUACCUCAGGAAAAACAGGAUUCAUCUGGUAGCUCCAAAGAGGAUAAGGGUGAUAGAUACAACAUUACUUAUAGAUAUUAUAUAAAAGGAGAGAGAGAGAGAGAGAGAGAGAGAGAGAGAGAGAGAGAGAUGGGGAGGGGGAGAGUGGAGCUGAAGAGGAUAGAGAACAAAAUAAACAGGCAAGUGACUUUUGCGAAGAGGAGGAAUGGAUUGCUCAAGAAAGCUUAUGAGCUCUCUGUGCUCUGUGAUGCUGAGGUGGCACUCAUCAUCUUCUCCAACCGUGGCAAGCUCUAUGAGUUCUGUAGCACCUCCAACAUGCCCAAGACACUGGAACGGUACCAAAAAUGCAGUUAUGAGACACUGGAAGUUAACCACCAUUCAGCCAGCCAAGAGAUGGAGCAAAGUUGCUACAGAGAGUACUUGAAACUCAAAGGUAAACAUGAGGCACUGCAACGCUAUCAAAGACAACUUCUUGGGGAAGACUUGGACCCCUUAAACAUAAAGGAGCUUGAAAAUCUUGAGCAUCAACUGGAGACUUCAUUGAAGCAGAUUAGAUCAAUAAAGACCCAAUCCAUGCUGGAUCAGCUUUACGAUCUUCAAACGAAGGAACAGCUGUGGGCCGAGGCCAACAAGGGUUUAGAGAGGAAGCUCGGUGAAAUUUACAGAGAAAACCACCUCCAAUCAGCAUGGGCAUGUGGAGAGCAGAGUAGCACAUAUGGUCACCCGCAGCAUCAUCAUCAAUCUCAGGGAUUCUUCCAGCCAUUGGAGUGCAAUUCCAAUUUGCAAAUAGGGUAUAAUCCUCAAGUCUCAAACCAGAUAACUGCUGCGACAACGCAAGACCAAAACGUGAGCGGAUUGAUCCCAGGGUGGAUGCUUUGAGAUCGAGUUUUCACUUACAACAAAUAAUGGGCCAGGUGAAUGCAUUAGGUGGGUGAUGAGAUGAUGAUGAAUGCCAUUUCACUACCAUUUGUAACCCCAUAAUAAAGAACAUGAGUGAAUGGAUUUGGUAGAGUUUAGAAACCCCUUGGACCCAGAAGGCGUGCAUGUAAUCUCUUGCUUUUUUUAACUUCUUGAUCAGUAUUUUCAUAAGUUUGUCGUAUUAUUAUUAUUAUUCAAGGAACCUAACGUAAACUCAUCUGUGAUGUAUUUAUGGACCCUGCAAAUGUGUACGUAGUUCAAUACAUAUAUGCAUAAACCAACUAAUCUGUUUUUGUCUA